CGACACUUCAGCCGCUCAGCUGCUAGGCGGUUCAGUGUACUGAUACCUGAGGACAAAAGCUAAGUUCAGCCUCAGCACACAUAUUCCUCAACGAGCCCCAUCAGCUAUUUACUUCGACAGUGCUAAUACUCUAUUAGUACUUAAGAGUGCUGACAGAGACGGCUGCUUGCUGCUUUCGAAGCGUUGCUGACGGUUAUAUCUGGUGUCGAGCAAUACUCAUUACGAGUCAUUUAGUCCCAUCGUAAUCACGAUUUGAAAGAAAGAGAGGUUUUUUAGUGAACAACGACAAUGAACAUUAUCGUGCACUCUUCUCUGCUUCUAAUCGCAUACUGGGCAUUCUGCGAAGGCCAAACGGAUUAUUCAAAAAUUGAUCCGGAAAAAAAACAAUAUAUGAACUACACAAAGGAGAUGUUAAACGGAGACACAGAACUAUUCUUGAAAUGGGGCGUAGGUGGGCCGAUGCAUAACAAUACAUUAAUCUGCUGGUUCUCCAAUAAGAACGGAGAUGAUGAUGUUGGAUAUCGUCGCACCGUUCGUUUCUAUAACAAGACCGACCUCGUAAAUCACUGGAAAACAAGGGAUACGUAUUAUUACGUGGGAGCAGACAACUAUACGCCGAAAGUUGUGGUGAGCUCUCACAUUUCAGCAACACCCGACCCGGAAACCAGCGGUGUUUACACACUUCUCUUUGCGACACCUUUUUGCUUCGUUAUGGGUAUAUUAGGAGAUAACUAUAAUUCAACAUGCUUACUGUGGGCGCAAAGGGGUCAUAACCAUACUAUAAAGAAGCACUGCGAAGAAGCAUUUAACUUCAACUGUAGUGGUGUAAAUGAUACACUGUAUCAUCGUGGACGUCGGCAGUGCAAUUUAACAAACACCGACGAAGCACCAAAAGUCAGCAUUUUAUAAUCACUUGAGGCUGAUUUAAUUAAAUUCGGCCGAGUCUUGGUGCCAGAUGCUGUCCGCAAUUUCAUCGUUGCCGGUACAACAUUAAACGAAUAUUGAUGAACGAA